GAAAAUUUCAUGGAAGUAAUUCGAAACCAGGAAUUUGUAUUAUUACCAGCCAGUGAAAUUGCAAAGCUCUUAGCCAGUGAUGACAUGAACAUUCCUAAUGAGGAGACAAUAUUGAACGCACUUCUUACUUGGGUUCGUCAUGAUUUGGAACAGAGACGGAAAGAUCUCAGUAAACUUUUGGCUUAUAUUAGGCUACCUCUUCUUGCACCACAGUUCCUAGCAGACAUGGAAAAUAAUGCACUUUUUCGAGAUGAUAUAGAAUGUCAGAAACUAAUUAUGGAAGCAAUGAAGUAUCACUUACUACCAGAGAGACGGCCCAUGUUACAGAGUCCUCGGACAAAACCUAGGAAGUCAACUGUUGGUACAUUAUUUGCAGUUGGAGGAAUGGAUUCAACAAAAGGAGCAACAAGCAUUGAAAAGUAUGAUCUUCGUACAAAUAUGUGGACUCCUGUAGCAAAUAUGAAUGGGCGGAGGCUGCAGUUCGGCGUUGCAGUGUUAGAUGACAAACUGUACGUGGUUGGAGGAAGAGAUGGACUGAAGACGUUGAAUACUGUAGAAUGCUACAACCCUAAAACAAAAACUUGGAGUGUGAUGCCUCCUAUGUCUACACAUAGGCAUGGCCUUGGCGUGGCUGUACUGGAAGGUCCCAUGUAUGCAGUAGGAGGACAUGAUGGGUGGAGCUAUCUGAAUACAGUGGAAAGAUGGGACCCUCAGGCGCGCCAGUGGAACUUUGUUGCUACUAUGUCCACUCCCAGGAGCACAGUUGGUGUGGCUGUACUAAGUGGAAAACUUUAUGCAGUUGGUGGUCGUGAUGGAAGUUCCUGUCUCAAGUCAGUAGAAUGUUUUGAUCCUCAUACUAAUAAGUGGACACUGUGUGCACAAAUGUCAAAAAGGAGAGGGGGAGUAGGAGUCACUACCUGGAAUGGAUUGCUGUAUGCCAUUGGAGGACACGACGCGCCUGCGUCCAACUUGACUUCCAGGCUGUCUGACUGCGUGGAGAGAUAUGAUCCUAAAACAGAUAUGUGGACUGCAGUGGCUUCUAUGAGCAUCAGCAGAGAUGCUGUGGGGGUCUGUUUACUUGGUGAUAAAUUAUAUGCUGUUGGAGGGUAUGAUGGACAGACUUACCUUAAUACAGUGGAGGCUUAUGAUCCCCAGACAAAUGAGUGGACUCAGCGUGUUUUCUCACUACUAGAAAAGACUUGGCUUGGCACACCAAUACAGUUUACCUGGCAGAAAACAUCAGGAAACUAUCUUGCAGUAACAGGAGCUGAUCAUAUUGUGAAAAUCUUUGAUCGCCAUGGUCAAAAAAGAAGUGAAAUCAACUUAUCUGGUAACUGUGUUGCUAUGGAUUGGGACAAGAAUGGAGAUAUUCUAGCAGUGAUUGCUGAGAAAUCCAGUUGCAUUUAUCUAUGGGAUGCCAACACAAACAAAACCAGUCAGUUAGAGAGUGGCUUGAGGGAUCAAUUGUCUUUCCUUCUUUGGUCAAAAUUUGGAAGUUUCCUGGCCGUUGGAACUGUUAAAGGAAAUUUGCUAAUUUAUAAUCAUCAGACAUCUCGAAAGAUUCCUGUCAUUGGAAAACAUACUAAGAGAAUCACAUGUGGAUGUUGGAAUGCAGAAAACAUGCUUGCUUUAGGUGGUGAAGAUAAAAUGAUUACAGUUAGUAAUCAGGAAGGUGACACAAUAAGACAGAUACCAGUGAGAUCGGAGCCUAGUGACAUGCAGUUUUCCAUGAUGAAGACUAAUGACCGAACCUCCGCUGCUGAAAGCACAAUAAGUGUAGUGGUUGGCAAGAAAACUUUGUUUCUUUUUAAUCUGAAUGAACCAGAUAACCCAGUUGAUAUGGAGUUUCAGCAACACUAUGGCAACAUUGUCUGCUACAGCUGGUACGGUGAUGGCUACAUCAUGAUUGGUUUUUCUCGUGGAAAUUUUGUGGUCAUUUCCACUCAUAUUCGAGAGAUCGGUCAAGAGAUAUUUCAGGCUCAUGACCAUAAAGACAAUCUAACCAGUAUUGCAGUAUCACAGACCCUUAACAAAGCUGCUACGUGUGGUGAUAACUGCAUUAAAAUCCAUGACUUGGCCGAAUUAAGAGACAUGUAUGCUAUAGUCAGCCUGGAUGAUGAACAUAAAGGGCUGGGCACCUUGUCCUGGACAGAUGAUGGCCAGCUGCUGGCACUGUCCACCCAGAGGGGCUCACUGCACGUGUUCCUGACCAAGCUCCCCAUCCUUGGAGAUGCCUGCAGCACCAGGAUUGCAUACCUCACCUCCCUCCUUGAAGUCACCGUAGCCAACCCUGUUGAAGGAGAACUGCCAAUCACAGUUUCUGUCGCCGUGGAGCCCAACUUUGUAGCAGUGGGACUUUAUCACCUGGCUGUGGGAAUGAAUAAUCGAGCUUGGUUUUAUGUCCUUGGCGAGAAUGCUGUUAAAAAAUUGAAAGAUGUGGAAUAUCUGGGGACAGUAGCCAGUGUUUGCCUUUAUUCUGACUAUGCGUCUGCACUUUUUGAAGGCAAAGUCCAAUUACAUCUGAUAGAAAGUGAAAUGUUGGAUGCUCAAGAAGAACGUGAGACGCGACUUUUCCCAGCAGUGGAUGAUAAGUGCCGUAUUUUAUGUCAUGCCUUAACUGGUGAUUUCCUCAUCUAUGGCACAGAUACUGGUGUUAUUCAGUAUUUCUACAUUGAAGACUGGCAGUUUGUUAAUGAUUAUCGACAUCCCGUCAGUGUGAAAAAGAUUUUUCCUGACCCAAAUGGGACCAGAUUAGUUUUCAUUGAUGAAAAAAGUGAUGGAUAUGUCUACUGUCCAGUUAAUGAUGCUACCUAUGAGAUUCCAGAUUUUUCGCCAACCAUUAAAGGUGUUCUUUGGGAAAACUGGCCAAUGGAUAAAGGUGUAUUUAUCGCCUACGAUGACGAUAAGGUAUACACAUAUGUCUUUCACAAGGACACUAUCCAAGGAUCCAAGGUCAUUCUGGCUGGUGGCACCAAAGUUCCUUUCUCUCAUAAACCUUUGCUGUUAUAUAAUGGAGAGUUGACCUGCCAGACCCAGAGUGGAAAAAUAAACAACAUCUACCUUAGCACUCACCGCUUCCUCGACACUUUAAAAGAGGUGGGGCCUCAUGAACUGAGGCAGGUGCUGACACAGACUUUAAUGCUAAAAAGGUUUUCUGAUGCCUGGGAACUGUGCAAGAUUCUCAAUGAUCAGGCUGCCUGGAAUGAACUGGCCAGAGCCUGUCUACACCACAUGGAAGUGGAGUUUGCAAUCCGUGUUUAUCGGACUAUUGGAAACGUUGGCAUGGUGAUGUCCUUGGAACAAAUAAAGGGAAUAGAGGACUACAAUCUUCUGGCAGGACAUCUUGCCAUGUUCAGCAAUGACUUCAACCUGGCUCAGGACCUGUACCUGGCAUCCAGCUGCCCUGUUGCCGCCCUUGAGAUGAGAAGGGAUUUGCAGCACUGGGACAGUGCUCUACAACUGGCAAAACGUUUAGCCCCAGACCAAAUACCGUUUAUAUCAAAAGAAUAUGCUAUUCAGCUUGAAUUCACAGGUGAUUAUGUAAAUGCUUUGGCUCAUUAUGAGAAAGGAAUAACAGGUGAUAAUAAGGAACACGAUGAGGUGUGCCUGGCUGGCGUGGCCCAGAUGUCCAUAAGAAUGGGAGACAUCCGCCGAGGGGUCAACCAAGCCCUCAAGCACCCCAGCAGGGUCCUUAAGAGAGACUGUGGAGCCAUCCUGGAGAACAUGAAGCAAUUUUCAGAAGCAGCUCAACUGUAUGAAAAAGGUCUCUACUAUGACAAAGCAGCAUCUGUGUACAUCCGCUGUAAGAACUGGGCAAAAGUUGGUGAGCUUCUGCCUCAUGUUUCUUCUCCAAAGAUUCACUUGCAGUAUGCCAAAGCUAAAGAAGCAGAUGGAAGAUACAAAGAAGCUGUUGUGGCUUAUGAGAACGCAAAACAGUGGAACAGUGUGAUCCGCAUCUACCUGGACCACCUCAACAAUCCAGAAAAGGCUGUCAGUAUUGUCAGAGAGACCCAGUCCCUGGAAGGAGCCAAGAUGGUAGCCAGAUUUUUUCUACAGCUUGGUGACUACGGAUCUGCCAUCCAAUUUCUUGUUAUAUCCAAAUGUAAUAACGAAGCUUUCACACUGGCUCAGCAACACAACAAAAUGGAAAUCUAUGCAGACAUUAUUGGUUCUGAAGAUACCACUAAUGAGGACUAUCAAAGCAUAGCCUUAUAUUUUGAAGGAGAAAAAAGACAUUUUCAGGCUGGAAAAUUCUUCUUGCUGUGUGGCCAGUAUUCACGAGCACUUAAACACUUCCUGAAAUGUCCAAGCUCAGAAGAUAAUGCAGCAAUAGAAAUGGCCAUUGAAACUGUUGGUCAGGCCAAAGAUGAACUGCUGACCAGUCAACUGAUAGACCAUCUUAUGGGAGAGAGUGAUGGCAUGCCCAAG